UCUGAUAGUAUUUAAGCAUUGCCUGUGAGGGUUCAGCGUUGUACUACUGCUACGAAAGUAAACACUAACACACGAAAAAAAAAGAAAAAAAAAGAGGCAGAAUGCAAGACACAAUAAUUUUAUUCCCAGCUCCAGGCAUGGGCCACGUGAUUUCAAUGGUUGAGCUAGGCAAGCUCAUCCUCCACCACUAUUCUAACAACUUCACCAUUACCAUCCUCCUCACCGCCGGCUCUUUCUGGAACACCCCAAGUGUCACCUCUUACAUCCAUCGUAUCUCUCAAUCCAACUCCAACAUCUCCUUUUACAGCUUACCCUCUGUCUCCGUUGAUACCACCCCAACUCGAAGCCGUGCAGCCAUGGCCUUUGACUUCAUCCGUGUUAGUUCAACCCAUGUCCCAAAUGCACUCCAACAAAUCUCCCACACUUCCACCAUUCGUGCUCUUAUUAUCGACAUUUUCUGCACCUCUGCUCUUUCUAUAGCCAAACAACUCAACCUUCCUGUUUAUUAUUUCUACACUUCUGGUGCUUAUGCUCUCGCUGCCUUCUUAUACUUCCCCAAAAUCUAUGAACAAAUAACAAAGAGCUUUAAGGACCUCAACAACACCGAGCUUCACUUGCCUGGAAUGUCACCAUUGAAAUCCACACACAUGCCUGAACCGACCCUUGACCGAGACGACCCAGCUUAUUGGGAUAUGGUCUAUUUCUGUUCACAUCUUCCGAAAUCAAAUGGAAUUAUAGCUAACACGUUUGAGGACCUGGAGCCAAAAGUCAUAAAGACCAUUGCUGAUGGUGUGUGUGUUCCUGAUGAGCCAACUCCGCCUGUUUACUAUAUAGGACCUUUAAUUGCUGAAGCCGAAGAACGAGCAGGUGAUGAUGGAAAUGAAGGCGGUGAUGAGAAUGAGUGUUUGUCAUGGCUAGACAAGCAACCGAGUAGAAGUGUUGUGUUCUUGUGUUUUGGUAGCCGGGGAUCUUUCAGGGCACAAGUGAGAGACAUAGCUAAUGGCUUGGAAAGGAGUGGACAAAGGUUCUUGUGGGUGGUGAAAAAGCCACCACAAGAUGAGAAAACUAAGCAAACUGAGCAGAAUACAUUGGAGUUUAAUUUGGAUAGUGUGUUCCCAGAGGGGUUCCUAGAAAGAACAAAAGAUAGGGGCAUGGUGGUGAAGUCAUGGGCACCCCAAGUGGCGGUGCUAAGAAAGGAAUCCGUUGGCGGGUUUGUGACACAUUGUGGGUGGAAUUCGGUGUUGGAGGCAGUGGUUGCCGGAGUGCCGAUGGUGGCGUGGCCACUCUAUGCUGAGAAGCAUCUGAAUAGAAAUGUUUUGGUGAAGGAUAUGAAGAUGGCUAUUGGCGUUGAGCAGAGAGAGGCUGAUGGGUUUGUGAGUGGGGAUGAGGUUGAGAGAAGGGUUAGAGAGUUGAUGGAGUCGGAAGAAGGGAGAGAACUCAGGGAAAGGAUUUGGAAGAUGAGAGAAAUGGCUUCGGCUGCUUUAGGAGAAUUUGGUUCGUCUACCAGAGCCUUGGUUAAAUUUGUUGAGGCACUUGGGUAGUGCCGGUAGUGGAUUUGGAUACUAUGUUGAGUGAAAAAAUUUCUCCUACACAUGUUUGUGGUUGUGGAGAAGAUGUAAUGUAAUGUAAUUGAGCAAUUGAGUGAGUUUCAGAAAGAUUGUGUUCAAAUC